AUGUGGAUGAUGAUGGAGGGUUCAGCCUCAGCCGCAGCAUCGAUAGUGAACCACCUCACGUCGUGCAACGCCGUGGUUGUAUUCAGCUGGAGCGAGUGUUGCAUGUCUACGGUGGCCAAGCGUCUUCUGUUCAGUCUCGGCGUGGGACCCACCGUGGUGGAGCUAGACGAGCAUGCUGCUGGACCUGCUAUUCACGCGCUUCUCUACGAGGUUGCCGGCACGCGCCAACCUCUCCCCGCCGUCUUCGUCGGCGGAAAGUUCAUCGGCGGGGUGCAGACUCUGAUGGCUUCCCACAUCAACGGCACACUCAUUCCUCUCCUUAAGCAAGCUGGUGCACUUUGGCUUUAA